AUGCCGAGCACCCGCGACCGUGGGGCACUGCACCGGGAGGGCACCGGAGCACAGGCGGUCCCGGUGCGCGGCACCGAGUGCGCGCGGGCAGCGCUGAACGCCUUCUGGGUGACAGUGCAGCGGACUGAGGCCGCCGAGCGGUGCGAGCUGCGCGGGGCCUACGUGCUGAAGGCAGAGCGCGACAGCCUUGUCCUGAAGGACCCGCAGACACAGAAGAUCCUCUACGUCUGGCCCUACCGGCUGCUCCGCAGAUACGGCCGGGACAAGGUGAUGUUCUCCUUUGAAGCUGGCAGGCGCUGUGACUCUGGCCCGGGGAACUUCACCUUUGAGACCAAGCAGGGCAACGAGAUCUUCCGCCUGGUGGAAGCCUCCAUCCGGGAGCAGAAGGCACAGGUGGAGGAGAACCGGCAAAGCUGUGACUCGCUGGAGGCGGAGAGCCCCAGCGUGGUGCUGCUCCGCCAGGCCCUGGCUGACUCCCUGAGCCUGGAGCUGCCAGAGGAGGGGGACAGAGCCUGGCGCACCCAGGGCCACGACGGCCGCGGCGGCUAUGAGUACCCCUACAACCCCAGCACCGAUGACUACUCGGUACCUUCCUUCCAAGCCAAGGCCAAGGGCCCCAAGCCGGUGCCUGCCCCCAAGCCCCUGGCAGCCUUGAUCCAUAAGGGUGGGGAGAGGAGUGGGGAGCUGGGCAGGCGGCAGGGGAACCCCGCUCCUGAGAAGGCUGUUGUCAAACCCAGCCUCAACAGCAGCAACAACAACAACGUGGAGGUGCUGUACAGCCAGGUGGUGAAGCCCCAGCCCGCACGGAGGAAGGAGCAGUCUGUGGAUCAGUACAGCUUGUUGCCCGUCUAUGAGGACCUGGGAGAGAUCUAA